CUUCCCUUGACAGAAAUUGACAAAUGUCCAUUUUCAUUGUUUGAAUGGCAUCUGGUGCAAGCACCUUGUCAGCUCCAAUUAACAUCGACAUCGAAUUAAGUGCAGAUGAUUGGUAAUUAAUUGCGUAAAGACAUAGCUACUGCAUUCGUUAUUAUGUUGAAGUGAAAGAUGUAAGUCAAUAUGUGUUGUAAAAUCUACAAGUUUCCUUGAAACUGACGUCGUCUACUCCAGACUUCAAUUCUGACCUACUUAGACAUAUUGUGACUUUUUCCUCGUUAAUUUCUAUCUAUCAUCAUUUUUCAUCUUUUAAAGAAAAAAAAUAUUACGUAGAACAGAUAUAACUCUGUGUUUAUAAAGAUAUGAAGGAAUUACUGUGAGAUUAGCAGCAAAAUUUAUGUUUCACUGUUUGGAAUGUGUAUAAGAUGAAUCUGUAUUCUAAUUCAACUUACAUAAAUUUACAAAGGAGUUGUUGAUAGAAGUCACAGUUGAUCGAACUAUAGCAGAAGAAAUUGUUAAAAUAAAGUAUAAAAACACAAGAAAAAUAUCCAUAUAUCUCAAGUGAGAGAAGAAAAAUUAUGGAAAAUGAAUUAUGUGAAUACAAGUUUAACUGCAACAGAGAGUCCAAAAGGAAUAGUUUUUUCUAAUGAGAUGCCAAAAGAAAUCAGGAAAAAAGUCCACAAAUGUGAUGUCUGCAAGAAAUCCUUCUCUCAAAAAUGUAACCUCACUAUUCACAAACGCAUUCAUACAGGGGAGAAACCAUACCAUUGUCACAUUUGUGGUAAAUCAUUUUCUCGAAAUCAUCACUUAACUACACACAUACGCAUUCACACUGGAGAGAAACCAUAUCACUGUGAUAUCUGUGAUAAAUCUUUCUCUGCCCCGUAUAAUUUAACUAUUCAUAAACGCAUUCAUACAGGAGAAACUCCUUACCAUUGUGAUAUCUGUGGUAAAUCAUUCUCUGGAAGCAGUGACUUGACUAAACACAGACAUAUUCAUACAGAAGUGAAACCAUACAACUGUGAUAUCUGUGGUAAAUCAUUCUGCCAAAAAAUCCUUUUAACUACUCACAAACGCAUUCAUACUGGAGAAAAACCAUUUCACUGCGAUAUCUGCGAUAAAUCAUUUUCUCAUGGAAAUUCCUUAACUACUCACAGAUAUAUUCAUACAGGAGAGAAACAAUACCACUGUGAUAUAUGUGGUAAAUCAUUCUCUCAAAAUUACCACUUAACUACUCACAUCCGUGUUCAUACAGGAGAGAAACCAUAUCACUGUGAUAUCUGUGAUAAUUCAUUCUCACAAAGUGGCCACUUAACUAGGCACAUGUAUAUUCAUACAAGAGAAAAUCCAGUCAAAUGACAUCUGUUGUGUACCUGCUUGUAGUUUGUUGUACUGUUCUUAGUUACCUUCCUGUUUUUGGUUCUGUCCACACUUAAUUUUAGCCUAUCACUUUAACCAUAUCUCUUUUUGUGGUUGUUUGAGUGAUGUGCUUACCUUACAGACCAACUUUUUGACCCCUUUCCUUCACCAGCUCCCUACCUUGAUUUCUCACCUAUUUAUAUCAUCCCUCUUGCUUGGCUAUUCAUCUGCCUACCAAAUUAAUCCUUCAGGUUCAAUUAUUUUCUCUUUUCCUUGCUCUUACAUGAAGGGCCAAAGCCAUGAAACUUGCUUCACUCCUCACAACAACCAAACCUUACCUAUUUUCUUGCAGAUUUUUGUUGGCCCAGGUCAUCAACAUUUUUCUUGGAUUCUGGAUUUUACUCUAUUCAAAUAUUGUUUUCUGAUAAUAUAAGACCCUCAGAAUGCAAUGUCAUAAAAGUGUUAAAGAUUGGUUCUUUAAUGAAGUAACGAAGUUCCAAUGCUUCACAUCAUGAAACAUCUGAAAAUGUGUUUUCAGUUAUGACAGAACAGAUUUCUUUCAUAAAUGUAAAUUAAAAAUUUUAUUGGUCCAGUUAUUUGAAUGCCAAGCAAUAUUUGUGUGCGACAUUUACUAAAAACAUGAGAAAACAGAAACUGGGUUUCUCUCAUUGUGUGAAUGUUGCCAUUGGGAAUCUUUGAAAUUUUUUUCAUAUUUCUUUUGAAUGUGAAAGUAUGUAACUUCAAUGUUGAUUGGAG